GCGUUAUUACCCAGUUGCAUCGAAAAACACCUCUUCUUUGUUCCUCUGCGAUCCCUGGAUCUUUCUUUCGUUGUCUGCGACAGCUGAUUACCGCCGAACUCUCUGAGGUUUUCAUUUGAUUUCUUUUUAUCUGGGUGAAGAGUGACAAAGAAGGUAAUGGUUAAAGCGUACGCUCAAGAAUACGUUUACAAGCACCCGUGGGAGCGGGUAACUUCUGCAUCUUGGCGCAAGUUUGCUGAUCCUGAGAACAAGCGUACGUUAUCCCACAUACUUGAAGUUGACACAUUGAACCGAAAGCUUGAUCCUCAAUCUGGGAAGCUUUACACCACUCGAGCAAUCACCAUCCAUGCCCCAGGACCAUGGUUCAUUCGCAAAAUCAUUGGUCAAGAUAUCUGCCAUUGUGUUGAAUCAACGGUUGUGGAUGGUCAGUCUCGGUCAAUGCAACUUUCUACACGCAAUAUCAGUCUCCAGAAGUUCAUAGAAGUGGUGGAGAAGAUUCGAUAUGAUCCUCACCCAGAUAAUCCUGAUCGGUGGACUAUCUGCCGGCAGGAGACUAGCAUUCAGAUUAAGCCAUUAUCAGCACUGGCAUCAAUGGCAGAAAAGGUGGAGCAACGAUGUGCUGAAAAAUUUGUGCAGAACAGUGCUAAGGGUAGAGAGGUUAUGGAGAGGAUCUGCAAGUAUCUGGAAGCUGAAUCUGGUGGGAUUGCUCUCUAAAUCAAGUUCUGGCUCUUAGGGUUGUAAGCCCUUUCACAGUAUAAAAUAACAAAAGAAUUUAAGAGUGUCGCACCAUGGAGAGUCAGCCUUGAUCUUCCCUCUGGAUUUGGUUGAAAAUUUUGAUACCGCUUAAAUGUAACUUUGUGACUUUUUGUUCAGGUGCAUUUUCCAUUUCUCUUUUGGGAUUCAGAACUAUCUGGUGGUGUGUACUGGAAAAUAGGUUUAUGAUUAGUUAAUCUGUACUGUUUCAUACAGCAAAUGGACUUCAUUGGAAGCCUAGGGGCUGCCCUA